AUGCCUGAGUCUUCACAACCUCCAGAACCAUUUUCUUUGUUCUUGUUAACGUACAAUUGCAAUAAACAAAAUUUAGUACCAGAUCUAUUCACUUCUCAUUUACUUGAAGCAUUACCAGAUCAUAUAUCGUCACUUUAUAUAUUUGGAUUUCAAGAGUUUUGUACAAUUUUAGAUAGUUCAUUCACAUCUGAAGCUAAUUCCAAAUUAAUUAAAUUAAAUGGGUUAAUACAGUCGGCUUUACAAGAGAAAUAUCAAAACCCAUCAAGCUUUCAAACUAUAUCUAUGAACUUUUUAGGAGCCACGGGAAUGAUUCUUAUUAGUCCAUUCACUUCAAAAUUUCAAAAAGUUAAAACUGCUACAAGCUCUUGUGGAUAUGGAUAUCUGAGUUUAAAAGGGGCAGUAGGAUUUAGAGUAACUUAUUGUCCCGAGGGUAGAUUUAAUAGUUUAAAUUCAGUUGAGUUAUCAUUUGCAACAUUACAUUUAAAUGCCUACGAAGGGGAGUAUUACUAUCUACAAAGAAAUCAAAACUUAUAUAAUUUAAUAAGGUCAUUAGAUUUUGGAGAUGGAUAUGGAUUAAUAAAACCUAAAAAUCAUGUUUUCAUAAUGGGAGAUUUAAACUAUAGGACUACACAAGAUUACAAGUCUUAUAGUGCAGAAAGUCAAGAAUUAUUUUCAUUACUGGAAAUACCAACAAAUGAUGCACAAUAUAUAAAAAAGAUCCAGACUUUAGUUGAUAAAUAUGAUGAAUUAAAGAAGAGUAUGAUAGAUGGAGGGGUUUUACAAAAUUUUUCUGAAGCAAAGAUAACGUUCAGACCAACUUACAAGUAUCAUCUUAAUACAGCUAUUUAUAAUACAAAACGAUCUCCAUCUUGGUGUGAUCGUAUAUUAUAUUUAUCAAGUUAUGAAGAGAUUUUAAAUGAUAAUUUAGGUUUAAGAUUAUUGAAAAAACCAGGUUCAAAUGAUACCACAUACGAGAGUCAAUUACAUUAUUAUUUACCAGAAGUUAAAAAAUAUGGAGCAAUAGACUCACUUCUAUUAUCAGAUCAUAGACCUGUAUAUUUAGAUAUUUCAAUUCCUUUUAAUCCACCAAAACUGAUAAUUUCACCACUAUCAGGAUGUUUACAAAUUUUACCUUCAGGUUUGACAGCUUCUGCUAAUUUUGAUAAUAUCUCAGAUUUAAGAUCUUUAGAAGCAAACACUAAUGUAGUUAGCGGGCCUACGACAUUAUAUUUAAAACCAACAAAACUUGACGGUUUCAUCAAUAGUAUUAUUAGACCAAUUGUAGAUUACUUUAUGGGAUCUUCAUUAUGGUUUGGUACAACUACUUCGGGUAGAGUUUUAUUAUUUAUUAUUGUGUUGCUUUGUUGGUCAUUGUAUUAUAUUUCAUAA